UGCUAGCCUGUGCGGUGCUGGGGCAGAGCCGGCCCUGGACCCUGGCCAGGCCCUGCUGAGCCAGCUGCCUCUUUGUGCUGCACACUAUAGGCCCGGGUGUCUGCCAGGUUAUAAAAUGGGGGGUCGGCCCUGAGGCGCCCACAGCACCCGCCUGUCCUCCAACACAGCAUCGGGAACCAUGUCUCAGGCUGCUAAGGCCGCGCCCACCACGGCAGUGAACCCGGGGUCUGACGGCAAGGGAAAGGGGGCCCAACCAGGGCCGGCCCCAGCCCCUGGCCCCGCCCCGGUCCCAGCUUCCGUGCCCAGGCCCAGUGCCAAAGUAGGGGACCUGCCUCCUGGGAGCUACAGGCUGGUCGUCUUCGAGCAGGAAAACUUCCAGGGCCGUCGGGUUGAAUUCUCAGGGGAGUGCCUGAACCUGGGGGACCGUGGCUUUGACCGAGUGCGCAGCCUGAUCGUCAUCUCAGGACCCUGGGUGGCCUUUGAGCAAUCUGCCUUCCGUGGGGAGAUGUUUGUCCUGGAGAAGGGCGAGUACCCACGCUGGGACACCUGGACCAGCAGUUACCGCAGCGACCGGCUCAUGUCCUUCCGGCCCAUCAGGAUGGAUUCCCAGGAGCAUAAGAUCUGCCUGUUUGAAGGGGCCAACUUCAAGGGCAACACCAUGGAGAUUCAAGAGGAUGACGUGCCCAGCCUCUGGGUAUAUGGCUUCUGUGACCGUGUGGGCAGUGUGACCGUCUCCGGUGGCACAUGGGUGGGCUACCAGUACCCAGGCUACCGUGGCUACCAGUAUCUGCUGGAACCAGGAGACUUCCGACACUGGAAUGAGUGGGGUGCCUUCCAGCCGCAGAUGCAGGCCGUCCGUCGCCUGCGGGACCGCCAGUGGCAUCACGAAGGUUGCUUCCCAGUGCUGGCCGCCGAGCCCCCUAAGUGAGCCAAGCUGCACCCCUCCCUCCUGCAGCCCCCCCCCCGCCUCAAUGUCCCCUCUCCCCCUGCGAAUAAAA